ACUUCAAGUGUGUCGUACAGACCGGAAGUUUGCUUCUCGAAGUCACAUUGACCAAAAAUUCAACGGUCACGGUUAAAUUAGGACAUCUGGUCAUUCAACCUACCAUCCCUCAUGACUUUGGUUGGUUGAUCAUCAAUAAUGUUUGCCUUGAAGAUUGUCACACGGUUCAGUCAUUUAAGUAGAGCAACUUGUGCACUUCACGCCCAUGGAGGAAUUUUAAAUGGAAGCAUCCAAGCAGCCGUUACUGCCUCCUGCUCCUCUCUACAACAGAAACUCCGAAACUACGCAACAGCAGCAGACAACGCGUCUCCUCCUCGAUGGGUCCAACUUGAGCCAGAACUGGAAGAAGCUCUGAUUCCGCGGAAGCUAUCUAUGAGUCCUCUGGAGAGCUGGCUGUCCCUGCGCUACACCCUUCCUUCCCCGCUGGAGUCUCCUCAGCCACAGGAGGACGUCGAGCUGCUGGAGGAGAAGGUGCUGCCGCCCGUCUUUCUGCCUGUUCUAGAUGACACGGGGGGCUCAGCAACUCCCAUCAAGUGUAAAAAUGUUCUUGAGAUCCGACGGAGGAAGAUGAACCGACAUAAAUUCAGGAAGCUCCAGAAGAGGAUUAAGUUCGUAAAGAGGAAAGUGAGAUAUGGCAAAGGGACGAGAAAGCAGAAAAGAUUCGAGAAGGACCUUGAGAGGAUUUGGAAGCGAGCUGGACUGAAGCAGCCUCCAGCGGGAUGGGUUCCACCUAAACUCUUUAUUAGACAACAUAGAACCAAAAAGAACUAAAAAUACAAAAAAAAAUCGAACCUGUCUUGUUUGUGCUGCGUGCUUCAGUCUGGAUGACCUCGCACACAGCCCCUCGCACUGCUUCACAUCUGUCAGUGAUCAGGCCAUGUUCCCUCUGUGUGCACAGUCAUUUUUAAUGUGUACAUAAAAGAAUAAAGAUCUCUGCCA